GGGACAGCUGACAAACCUUUGUCAUAUGAUUGCGGCAGUAGGAAGUUCAAAUGAUGCUGCUGCACCAUAACGGGUUGUUUUAAUAUGAAAAUCCCUCGGGGUUGACCAAAAAAUUGAAGUGUAAGUAAAGAAAAAGCAGCACAUGUAAUUUUUAGUUAUUGUUCCCACAUAGAUGCCACAAUGCUGUUUCUCAUUAUUGUGAGAGCUCUUCUUCUUCUGGAAGCUGUAACCAGAAUUCACGGAGGAAAUACAAACCCCUGUAUAUCUCAAAGUUUUGGUCAUGACUCGGUGGUGUGUGUGUGCAAUGCUACCUAUUGUGACACUGUAGGACCCCUUAACCUUCCAGACAAAGGUCAAUAUGUCUCUUUUCUAAGCAGCCAGACAGGUGCACGUUUAGAAAGGCAGAUUGGAGAAAUUCACAGAGUCCUUUCAUACUCAGGGCUGAAGCUCACUUUCAAUACAGCAAAACGUUUUCAGAGGAUCAAAGGGUUUGGAGGUGCAAUGACUGAUGCAGCUGCAAUCAAUAUUAUGUCUUUAUCGCACAGAACACAGAAUAAUCUGCUGGAAUCCUAUUUUUCUGAGCAGGGUAUUGAAUACAAUGUAAUCAGAGUUCCCAUGGCCAGCUGCGAUUUCUCAAAGCGCAUUUAUACAUAUGCUGAUGUUCCUGAAGACUUUGAAUUGAGAAACUUCAGCCUUGCUCCUGAAGAUACUAGAUUUAAGAUUCCUUUAAUCCAGACGGCACAGACCUUGUCAAAGCAGCCCCUCUUGCUUUUUGCUAGCCCAUGGAGCUCUCCUGCUUGGAUGAAAACUAAUGAAAACCUUAUUGGCAAGGGUAUGUUAAAAGGAGAGCCUGGAAAUAAGUACCACAAAGCAUGGGCACAGUAUUUUGUAAGGUUUUUGGAUGAGUAUGCAAAAUAUAAUCUCACCUUUUGGGCUGUUACAGCUGAAAAUGAGCCUACUGCUGGUCUUAUGACAAAUUAUAGUUUUCAGUGUUUGGGAUUUACUCCAGAGAGGCAAAGAGACUUUAUUGCUUUGGAUCUUGGACCAGCAUUAGCUUCUAGCCAACAUCACAGAGUGCAGCUCAUGAUAUUGGAUGACCAGAGACUGUUACUGCCUUACUGGGCUAAAGUGGUACUAAGUGAUCUGAAAGCUGCACGGUAUGUUCAUGGAAUUGCUGUCCACUGGUAUUUUGACAGCAUCGCGCCAGCUAGGCUCACCCUAGAACCUACUCACAGCAUCUUCCCAGAUUACUACUUGUUUUCUACAGAAGCAUGUACGGGAUCAUACUUUUGGGAAAAGGGGAUACGUCUGGGCUGUUGGAAACGGGCAGAAAACUAUGCCCAUGAUAUCCUUGAGGACCUAAACAACUUUGUGACAGGGUGGACAGACUGGAACUUGGCUCUGGACCUCACUGGAGGGCCUAACUGGGUGAAAAAUUAUGUAGAUAGCCCAGUCAUUGUAGAUGCCACAAAAGAUACCUUCUACAAGCAACCUAUGUUUUAUAGCUUGGCACAUUUCAGUAAGUUCCUCCCUGUGGACUCCCAACGGGUUGGAUUGGAUGGCAGUGGUGAGUGCAACUUGGAGACUACGGCAUUCCUCCGACCAGAUGGAGUGGCAGUUGUAACAGUUCUCAACAGGGGCUCCAAAGAUGAGGUGUACACUAUCUGGGACCCAGAUGUAGGACACAUUGAAGCCGUUUCUCCUGCACACUCCAUUCAGACCUUUCUUUGGAGACGUGGCUAAAGACGUUACUCUCCGAGGAUCUGGUUGGGUUCUUUCAUUCAUUCACCAUUCUAGUUUUUGGUUUGUUUCCACAAACAUGUAAUGUGAUGGCAUUCUGAUCAAUAAAUGUCAACACUGCCACUUAAAUCCUCAUAUUGUAGAAAAAGCAUCGUAACGUUUUUAUUAAUUCAGGCAACAACGGGCAAUAGAUUUGGGCUUUUUCUGCUUUGUGCUUUAAUCACUUUCAGGUACUGAUUUUGAGAUUGUCUUCAUUUUGCAGGAAAUCAUACUUUCCUUUUUCCAGAUAUGUUGCUAAUAUUUUCAUAAUGAAAAGACAACUCUUCCAGAACAUAAUCUGAUCACAACAUGGCCUUCAGUCAUCUGCUGGGUCAGCACUGGGACUGGUCUGCUAUGGGCAAUUUGGGACAACUUGUAAACGCUGUGCUGUGCAGUGAAUCAUAUUCAUGCUUAAUAAAAAUGCGCCCACUCAACAGAUGGAGUCUUGAAAUUUGUAACUUUUGAAAAGUUGGCUGAACACUUGAAUUGCUGGAGUCUAAUUUCUAUUUGUUUGCAAAUGUAAUUCCAAGUUUCAGGAUUUGUUAUUCAAAUGCCACGUCCUUGUAGUAUGUUGAAAGAAAAAAUGAACAUGGUAAUGAGAUGAAUAUCAGCA